CCCGCCGUGCCCGGCGCUGCCGCCCGCCGGCCCCCGGCACCCCGCAGCACCGGCUCCGGCUGCGGGAAAUGGCGAAAUAGCGGGAACCGGUGGAGGAGAGGGGACAGAGCCGGCGGCUAUGACACCUGCUCACAGCUGAGGCGAGGGGGCCGAAGCCAGCGGCUGGGAGCCUGACCUCGAUUUGUCUGGGGGGCUGCAGGCAGAGAGGCAGAGCCCAUGAGCUGAGGAAAUAAGCAGCAGGAGGAUUCGGGGCAGCAGCAGCAGGAGCAGCACAGGACCCCCCUUUUCCUGCCGCCGCCGGAUCCCCGGCACUGCCCCGCCGAGACCUGCGGAGUUGGGGGCUGCCCGGCGCCUGCCGCCCUGGCACGGAGGCUGCGGAGCGGAGCGGCGGGGGGCUGCUGUCUAUGUCGUGUGGAGAAAUCUGGUGGAUUUGGUUCUCGCUCUUGGAGGAAGAGCCCGGCGCCGGCACUUGGCUGCGUGGUGGUUUUUGGAGGGCGAAGGAAGGGAUCUCGGCUGAGCCGUGCGGAGGCAGCGCUCGGACAUGAGUUGUCAGCACAUCUGGGGAAUACCGGCUGCGGGUCCGAACGGGAAUUUGCUGGGAUCGUUCAAACUGCGAUAUUGAUCUUUGUUGUUUUUUUUCGCCGAGGGAUGCACUUGGCAUGAGAAUCAGAGGAUGGAAAUUGUUUGGGAGGUGCUUUUUCUUCUGCAAGCGAAUUUCAUCGUCUGCAUUUCAGCUCAACAAAAUUCACCAAAAAUCCAUGAAGGCUGGUGGGCUUACAAGGAGGUGGUGCAGGGAAGCUUUGUUCCAGUGCCCUCCUUUUGGGGUUUGGUGAACUCAGCCUGGAACCUGUGCUCUGUUGGGAAAAGGCAGUCACCUGUCAAUAUUGAAACCAGCCAUAUGAUUUUUGAUCCCUUCCUAACUCCACUUCGCAUAAACACAGGGGGAAGAAAGGUCGGCGGGACCAUGUACAACACGGGCAGGCACGUGUCGCUGCGGCUAGACAAGGAGCACCUGGUCAACAUCUCCGGGGGGCCCAUGACCUACAGCCACCGCCUGGAGGAGAUCCGGUUGCACUUCGGCAGCGAGGACAGCCAGGGCUCCGAGCACCUCCUCAACGGCCAGGCCUUCUCCGGGGAGGUUCAGCUAAUCCACUACAACCACGAGCUGUACACGAAUGUCACAGAGGCUGCCAAGAGUCCCAACGGGCUGGUGGUGGUUUCCAUAUUUAUGAAGGUGUCUGAGUCAUCAAACCCAUUUCUAAACCGAAUGCUGAACAGAGACACCAUAACCAGAAUAACCUAUAAAAAUGAUGCAUACUUGCUACAGGGGCUUAACAUCGAGGAGCUGUAUCCCGAGACGUCCAGCUUCAUCACGUACGACGGGUCAAUGACCAUCCCGCCCUGCUACGAGACAGCGAGCUGGAUCAUCAUGAACAAGCCUGUCUACAUAACCAGGAUGCAGAUGCAUUCCUUACGCCUGCUCAGCCAGAAUCAGCCAUCCCAGAUAUUCCUGAGCAUGAGCGACAACUUCCGGCCGGUCCAGCCCCUCAACAACCGCUGCAUCCGAACCAACAUCAACUUCAGUUUACAGGGAAAAGACUGCCCAAACAAUAGAGCACAGAAACUACAGUAUAGAGUAAACGAAUGGCUCCUGAAGUAAGGCAGGCAGAGCAGGCAGAAGCCAUCAGCUCAGUGGACGGGACACAACCUGGACUGCAGCCUCCCUCUGCGGGCUGCGGCAGCAGCGCGGUGAGAAGAGAGCUGCCAGGGGGGAACUCAGCUCACACUUCAUUCAUGUGGUCGGUGAUCAUUAAACACAGCCGAGUCAAAAGACAGUCUGGCAGUAAAUGUGAUUACAAUUUUGAUACCGUUUUCCUGAACUAAUUUAGCUUCACAAAGAAAGACUUUUCAGCCUUUGUACAUAGGAAAUUCUUCCUCCUUCUCCCCUUCCCUCAAACUAAACAUAAAACUUAAAAAAAAAAAAAGAGUUAAACAAAGGACAGACAAAAAGGUGGCUGGGUGCAGCACCAAAGUGGAGUUGUGUUCUGUGUGCCAAGUAAUCCUUGGAAAGCUCUCAUCAUUUCACUACCAUUCAUGGGUACUGACAAGGCAGUGCAAGAAGACUGCAGAGGAAACUUAUUUCUAGGUUAUGAUCUUUCUGCUCACUGAAUGAAAAAGGGACAGACUCCGAGAGAUAAGUGUUGUAAAUAUAUCACUGCAGAGCAGCAAAGGAAGCUGAGCUAUCUCCCUCUUUGUCACAUAUCUGUAGUAGGCUUUGCCAAGACCAGAAGUGAUCCAUUCUCUGUUUCUUGUUUUACAGCGGGUCAGGCCUUGUGUCGGUCCUACCGACGGCUCAAUAACUGUGUUUAACAAGUUCAUUUAGGAACCUUGCUUUGAUUUACUUUUGCUUUCUACAGCUGGUGGCUGCACUGUUUGGGGCUUUGGGUUAGUUUUGCUGUUUUCUUUUAUCUUUCUUUUCUUUUUUCCUUCCCCUCUUCCCCCCAUUCACUUAGCUGCAGCCACCUUAAGUGAGUUGCUAGCAGUGGAGAAUGCACUUAGAGCUGGUACCACUGCAACUCCACCUUAUGGUCCGUUGCUGGCAGGAGCUGGACUCAGAACAGAAAGCAGUUGAAAGGUAUCUCAGUUUGAAACCCUCAUUUUCCCUCCUGACUCAUUACUGGGAGAAACAAAUCCGCCGCCGUCAGGCGGUGGUGAAAAGGGAUCCUUGCAGCUGCAGCGGGAGCUGGCCGAGUGGAAUGAAUGCCUUUUCUCUUGUUUCUAAUGGUCAUUCACUGUGUUUGGUUACUGUCAAGAGCUCAAUAAAUGUGUUUAACAAGUUCA